AUGGGAUGUGGCUGUCGAGUGGUGAGGUUGUAUGUUGGCUUCUACGGUAGGGCUGCUGCUGCUCAACCCCUGAAUAAAUUCAGCAAGUCGCCCUACUGCGGUAAUCUGUCCAUCUGCAAGCCCUAUAGUAAACAAAUACAUAUAAAAUAUUGCACUACGAUUUGGGAUGGUAAAACCACUGUCCAUCAUAACCUGAUACCAGGUAGGAGAGACUUGAGACUUGAGAAUAUGUGUCCAGAAGUUACCAAGCAAACGGCAGCACGGAUACUGUUUACUGUGCCAUCUCGGUUCCACCCAGCAAGCAAGAAGAAUGAUCAGCGAGUUAGCGAGAUAACUAGCGAGACUUCGGCAGCUUCAUCCUCACUCAAGCAAAGCGCUCCCCUUUUCCGUCUUUCAUAUCUGGGUGCGUUAAUACACAGGCCACUCGACGGAGUAGAUCGAUUGACAGGGAAUUUGCGGGAGCAAAGAAUACUCUCUGCGAAGAAGCCGAUAUGUAUGGAACCGUCUCAGUGA